AUGUCAAGCGAUUCAGCUUCCGGGGUGGCACCCACCGAAUUCCUCGCUUUUCUUCGAUCUGUGGUUCCAUUGGAGAGUCAUGAAGCGCUGUGCAAUUCGGUACUCCCCGCGAUUAUCGACAGUAUCGCCGACAUCGCGAAGAUACUGAAGUCAUCGCACAAGGUUGCACUCGCUGGAAGCGCAAAUGCCUUUGGCGAUGACCAAUUGAACGUCGACGUCUCUGCGGAGAAUGCUGUUCGUGCGGCCGUCGCCAAGUGCCCUGCGGUUGUCACCGCUAGCAGUGAGGAGGACCCUAUUGAGAAGCCCGCUCGUGAGUCUGGGAAUAUCCCGGCUCAAGGAACCCAGAGCGAGAAGUAUACUGUCGCCUUCGACCCUCUGGACGGCAGUUCUAUCAUCGCCCCGAACUGGACAGUAGGCACCAUCGUCGGUAUCUGGGAAGGCCAGACCGCGUUACACCAGGCACCCGCAGAGAAACAGGUCGCGGCUGUUCUCGGCGUCCUAGGGCCUCGAACAACAGCUAUCGUCGCCGUUCGUGUGCCUGGUACCGAGGGUAUAUGCUUUGAGAUUGGAAUUGGCGAGCUCGGCGCUAAAGACUCAGAGAUCGUCCGGCCCAGUGUUCGCCUCCUGCAGCCACCUUUCAAGACUAGGUACUUCGCUCCGGCGAACUUGCGCGCAGCAGCAGAGGACCAGAGGUACGCCGACCUGUUCAACCACUUUAUUCAACAGAAGUACACGUUGCGGUACAGUGGUGGCUUGGUGCCCGAUGUUGUACACGCGCUGGUCAAGGGUCAUGGUCUUUACAUAUCCCCCGUCACUAGCGCCAGCAAAGCGAAGUUGCGGCGUCUUUACGAGUUGUUUCCGAUUGCGCUGAUUAUCGAAUGCGCUGGCGGUAAGGCAAUCGAUCCAGCGGACGGCAGUGACAUUUUGCAGCGUCCAGCGAAGGACACCGAUGAGAGGGCUGGGUUGGUCUGCGGGACGGCUGAGGAGGUUGAGCUUGCCAAAAAGUCACUUCUGCAGUGA